AUGAUUGAACAAAUUCCAUCAAAAAAAAAAUUUACCAUUGAUGGAUUGAUACGACUUGGACAUUAUACUAUUUUCUUAUGUAUUACCGCUGAAUUUUUGGUUCUUUCACAACUUGGCAAUAUGUUUUACAUGGUUUAUGCGGGUGCAGCACCAACCAUUAAAAGUUGUGGUUCGUAUAAAUUUGAUUCAACAAUGAGUUCAACUGAUAUUUGCAACCAAAUUUAUGCAUUAAAUAAAAAUGAAACAUGCAAACCUGAAUUGGAAUACGAAUUUAAAUCAAUGAAUUUCGAAUAUAUUUGUCAGAAUUCGAAAUAUAUAAAGCAUAGCAUAUCGACUCAAAUGAUUGGUGCUGUUAUUGGAUCACUUAUUUUUGGACAGAUUAGCGAUUUGUAUGGGAGAAAACUGACAUUAUCAUUUUGCGUUUCGGGUUGUGUUGUAUUUGGAUUUAUAUCAUCUCUCCCUAAAGAUUUACUUACAACUACUAUUUACCGUACCAUUAUUGGACUUUUUAAUGGUGGACAAAUAGCUGCUAUGUUUGUAUAUGUAGUGGAAAUGUUACCGAAAAAGGAUCGUAUUUGGAUCACAACACUUAUUUCAUUUUCACCAAAUGUGAUAUUAUUAGCUGCGAUGGCAUAUUACAGUCAAAAUUGGCGACAAUUAGCAAUUAUUAUCAGUGUUUUAACAUCGCCAGCUAUUCUUUUUUGCAUUUUGUCGUAUGAAUCACCACGUUGGUUGAUUCAGAAGGGACGUAUCGAAGAAGCGCAUAACGUCUUGAAACAAAUUACACGUUGGAAUGGUCGAAAUGAUGUCACGAAUGAAAUGAUCGAUGAAGUUAUCGGUGCAGAAAAACAAAUUUUACGUGAAAAAAGAAGGAAAAAUUACUAUAUUUAUCAUUUAUUUCAUACCCGUCAACUUACUAUCUAUAUUUUAGUUUUAUCCUAUAGUUUUUUGGCAGCAAGUUUGAUAAAUUAUGGUAUGCUAUUCAGUAUGGAAAAAUUGCCUGGCUCAAUUUACACAAAUAAUAUUAUACUUGGCUUAAUAAGAUAUGGUAUAAAUAUUGCUUCAGCAUUUACUGAUUAUACACAACGAUGGUAUGGACGAAGGGUUGCGCAUACAAUACCAUUAGCACUUACAUCAAUUGGAUUUACUGUUCAUUUUGUUAUUAUUUGUUCAGGACUUAGUACUCAGUUAGAAAUUCUUUCGCGAAUUGCAUCACUGAUGGCAUUUGCAAUGAUGAGUCAAAUUUAUAUAAUAAGUGGUAUGUCCGGAAACGAACUGUUCCCGACACCGUUACGCAGUAUGUGCUUUUCGUUCCUGCAAGUUAUCGGCCGUAUUGGUGUUGUUCUCUCGCCUCAGUUAUUUUUUCUGGCUGACUUUUGGACACCUGCGCCAUUCGUAGCAUUAAUUCUGUUUGCAUUAUCCGAUUUGCUGCUUUAUCUUAUCUUCAUUCCGGAAACAAAGAAUCAACCACUUCCUGAACGCUUAUCACAUGCUGCCAGUCCGAAAGCUCAGAAUUUCCGCCUGAACAAACGAUGA